ACGUGUAGCCCGAUAGAGGCCGCUGCUCGGCACUGAUCUGUAUGUGACACGGUGAUGGAGGCAGUAACGUGUUGUCGAUUUGUGAUAGGAAGGCUGACAUUUUACUGAUCCCAGUUUUCCUGCAGCACAAACACAAUAACAGCCUGCGGUUUGGUGUUAGGUGAAGUUCGGGGCUCUUGCGAGAUGUUCGUGUUUAAAUGUUAGCAGGUUUUGUGCUGUGACUGCGAGCCGCUAAACGGUGUUAUGUGUUGACUGAAGCAGAACAGUGCGUCACGGCUAGCUUCAAGAUGGACACUGGAGAAGAAGCUGAUAUAUGUCGAGUGUGUCGCUCUGAGGGAACUCAGGACAAACCCCUUUACCAUCCUUGUGUCUGCACUGGAAGUAUUAAAUUCAUUCACCAAGAAUGCUUGGUGCAGUGGCUGAAACACAGCAGAAAAGAGUAUUGUGAAUUAUGCAAGCACAGAUUUGCUUUCACACCAAUUUACUCUCCAGACAUGCCUUCACGGCUCCCAGUACAGGACAUUUUUGCAGGUCUGGUGACCAGUAUAGGCACUGCCAUCCGAUACUGGUUUCACUAUACUUUGGUGGCCUUUGCCUGGCUGGGAGUUGUACCCUUAACAGCAUGCCGAAUCUAUAAGUGUCUGUUCACCGGUUCUGUAAGCUCCCUCCUGACACUGCCGUUAGAUAUGCUUUCCACGGAGAACCUGCUGGCAGAUUGUCUGCAGGGCUGCUUCGUGGUGACCUGCACGCUCUGCGCCUUUAUAAGCCUGGUGUGGCUACGGGAGCAGAUCGUUCAUGGUGGAGCUCCACUGUGGCUGGAGCAGAACCAGCAGCAACCUGCCAACGCAGCAGGGCAACCUAACGAGGCUCCAGCUGCAGGUAAUGGAGGUGUGGAGAAUCAGCCUGCGCCGCCCCCCGCCGAUCCCCCUGCGGAUAACGCACCAGCAGCUGAGGUGCUCGACCCCCAACCCGACCAAGCUGAGGAGAUGGAGCUGGACAACGAGGACGACGCCAAUAACGGUGCACAAGAUGAUAUGAACUGGAAUGCUUUGGAAUGGGACCGCGCUGCUGAGGAGCUCACAUGGGAAAGAAUGCUUGGACUCGACGGUUCUCUGGUUUUCCUGGAGCACGUAUUCUGGGUGGUGUCACUCAACACACUCUUCAUUCUGGUGUUUGCUUUUUGUCCGUACCAUAUCGGACACUUUUCAGUGGUAGGACUUGGCUUUGAAGAUUAUGUUCGUGCUUCUCAUUUCGAGGGCCUUAUCACCACCAUCGUGGGUUAUAUCCUGUUGGCCGUAACACUCAUCGUGUGCCAUGGAUUUGCUGCGUUGGUUAGAUUCCAAAGAUCGCGAAGAUUGUUAGGUGUCUGCUACAUUGUGGUCAAGGUGUCGUUGUUGGUGGUUGUAGAGAUCGGUGUAUUCCCUCUCAUCUGUGGCUGGUGGCUCGAUAUCUGCUCCCUGGAAAUGUUUGACGCAUCUCUGAAGGACAGAGAGCUAAGUUUUGAGUCGGCUCCAGGCACUACUAUGUUCCUACACUGGCUUGUAGGCAUGGUCUACGUCUUCUACUUUGCAUCCUUCAUCCUCCUUCUCCGAGAGGUUCUCAGGCCUGGAGUAUUGUGGUUUCUCAGAAACCUUAACGAUCCGGAUUUCAACCCGGUCCAAGAAAUGAUCCACCUUCCCAUAUACAGACAUCUGAGACGGUUCAUACUGUCAGUGGUUGUGUUUGGUUCAAUAGUCCUGUUGAUGCUCUGGUUACCCAUUCGGAUAAUUAAAAACAUCUUGCCAGCCUUCCUUCCCUACAAUGUGAUGCUCUACAGUGAUGCACCAGUGAGUGAGCUGUCUCUCGAGCUCCUGUUGCUGCAGGUGGUUUUGCCGGCUCUGUUGGAGCAGGGACACACACGGCAGUGGCUGAAGGGUUUAGUGAGAGCCUGGACAGUCACCGCUGGAUACUUGCUAGACCUACACUCAUAUCUGCUGGGAGACCAGGAGGAGAAUGAGAACAACGCCAACCAGGCAGCCAACAAUAACAACCAGCAACCACGAAACAAUGCUAAUGCCAUUCCUGUAGUGGGUGAAGGCCUACAUGCUGCACACCAGGCCAUCCUGCAACAGGGAGGUCCUGUGGGCUUCCAGCCCUACCACCGCCCUGUGAAGUUCCCCCUCAGGAUUGUGUUGCUGAUCCUUUUUAUGUGUGUGACCCUGCUCUUGGCCAGCUUGGUGUGUCUCACUUUGCCAGUGUUUGCUGGUCGCUGGCUCAUGUCAUUCUGGACAGGCACAGCCAAGAUCCACGAGCUGUACACUGCAGCGUGCGGCCUGUAUGUGUGCUGGCUGUCCAUCAGGGCAAUCACCGUGCUGCUAGCCUGGAUGCCUCAGGGCCGCAGGGUCAUCCUUCUCAAAGUCCAGGAAUGGACACUCAUGAUCAUGAAGACCUUGAUCGUGGCAGUUCUGUUAGCUGGUGUGAUUCCGCUGCUCCUGGGUUUGCUGUUUGAGUUAGUUAUCGUGGCUCCUCUCCGGGUCCCGCUCGACCAGACGCCUCUGUUCUACCCCUGGCAGGACUGGGCUUUGGGAGUGUUACAUGCCAAAAUAAUCGCUGCCAUCACCCUGAUGGGCCCUCAGUGGUGGCUGAAGACAGUCAUUGAGCAGGUGUAUGCCAACGGAAUCCGCAACAUUGACCUACAUUUCAUCAUCCGAAAGCUGGCUGCUCCUGUCAUCGCUGUGCUGCUGCUGUCUCUCUGUGUGCCCUACGUCAUUGCAGUAGGCAUUGUCCCCAUAAUAGGGGUUACCCUGGAGAUGCAGAACCUGGUUCAGAGGAGAAUCUACCCCUUCCUACUGAUGGUUGUGUUUCUGAUGGGAAUCCUCUCUUUCCAAAUCCGACAGUUCAAGCGCCUUUACGAACACAUCAAGAACGACAAGUAUCUCGUAGGACAGAGACUUGUGAACUAUGAACGCAAAGCUGGUAAAGCCAGCACGGCUACCCACAGCAGCUCGGUGCAGGAAUAAAAGCUUUGGGAAACGUGCUCAGGUUUUAAUGAAGAGUGUGUAUGUGUAUGUUCAGAUCACAACCCUAUGUUGUGUGUGUGCGCGUGCGUGCGUGUGUGUGUGUGCGUGUGUGUGUCCAUCGUUUCUCAUGUCCAGUCCAGGAUUCAAGAAUUCUCAGUGACCUGUGGUCUUUCUAAUUUUGCCUGCAACUUCAGAACUGAAAUGUUUAUAAACCUGCAAAAAAAGAAAAAAAGAAUAGGAAGGAAAUCCUUCAAGCCAACCAACUAGGAUUUAAAAGUGUCACUGUACAUCUUUAGGGGGGAAAAAACAACAAAAAGCGAGUAUGUAUAUUAAUUUAUUAAAUCUAGUUGUCACUUUACUUUGUGGAAUCCUGUUGCUUGGUCAGUACCGAUGCCAGUGUAAUGCUCUCCAGUCCUGAGGAUGGCGUCCAGGAGGUUGGGGCAGAGAACGCACUCAGACUGUGCAUCUUAGCACUCAGCUGUAAUAUUAGAAGCCUUUUAUUUAUUUGAUUUCUAAGAGCUAUGUCAGAAUUUGUUAAAUACAGGUUCUCACCUGGGCCGAAGCUGUUUGUUUUAAUCUCUAACAAUGUAGAGGACGUGGCUGACGUGUGGAUGUUGAAGCUCGGAUCUCAGAAGACAAACCAAUCCAACACCUCAAAGGACUGUGGCAUUAUUUAAGCGGAACAUUGGGGAAGUCUGGACAGGACAGCCCGCAUUUAAUUUCACCGAAGCAUGUCGUAUAUACGGGCACAGAAACUGCACACCGGAGUUGGACAGCCAUGUUUACUGCUCACAGUGAGCUUUAUGAAGCUUCUGUUGGGCCUUGGUUUUCUGUCCGGUCCUGAAACUUUCCAUCCUUCCUGAUAACCUAAGAGACUGUCUUUUAAUGUGCUGAUCACCUGAGCGACUUAAACAGCAUGAGUUUCCUGUCUCUGUUAUAAAGUGUUAACGAGUGUGGGUCUCGUACCUCACCACCCUUUCUGACGUUACUGUGCAGGAAAGACGUGAUUCAUAAAAUGUCUUAAGAGCAAUAGUUAGGAGAGAGAGAGGUCUGUUCAGAUAGCGAAUCAGUGUUCAUGUGAUUCCACCUCGAUCCAUCAAACUGGCAUGACUUUUUCUCAAGAUAAUGGAAUGCUUCAUGAUGUGGGAAGACUGAUCCAGUUUGCUAGAACAAAAUCAUUACGUGUCCAUAGUCCAGAAGAGUUCCUAACAAUUUGUACAUAAUGUAAAUUUUACAAUACUGACCGAUCACAUUUUGUAGCGAAAUCAUUUCUUCACGUCUGCCACAAAACUGCCCUCAGAAUUAACCGAACCUGGAUAUACUGUAGGCUUCUCAAUAUCGUUUGGGCUCCUUUUCAAAGCAAAAUGUUUCUAUUUUUAUAUGUGCGUGUAGCGACUUGGCUGGAUCUCGAUCACGCAUGUCUCGCCUGCUUUGAGUUCCUCGCAGAGUUUCCUUUAGAAGCGAGCCGACCGCCUGGAGCCGCGGCGCUGUAGGAUGCAGACGGCAUGCUGGUACAGUACUAAAGACUCUCACACGUCAGGUCAGCGUAACCUCGUCCUAUCCGUAGCAUGUUCGUGUGAGACGUAUUCAGUAUUCUGAAUGUUUAAAAACCUCCUACUUAGGAGACUGUGGCUGUAAUUAAAUCCUUAUACAGGCAGACGAGUACUUUUUUUUCAUUCUUCUUUUUUUUUCUUUCCCUUUUUUUUGGGUGUUUGUUGGAAAAUUUUAUUACAAAUAUUAAAUCAAAAGUGUGAUACAGCAGUUGUCAGUGUGUUUGAUUCGGAACAUCAUUCACUUUUUUUGCAAGUCGUAAAAUGUUUAUUAAUACAGAAAGGUGUUUAAAGGUACAGCUUGUCAUUUAAUCAGUAUACAAGCAGGUGCGCCGUUGUUAUUUAUUUAAGUUAUUUAUAUACAGCUUUGUGUGAGAUUUUGGAUUUUCCUCUUCUGUGUUUAAAAGAUUUUUAAAUUUUUUUUUGCAAGCUGCUUGUGGAAGAACAUUUCGUACUGUGGGUUGUGCUGCACUGUUCUGGGAAACACUCAAAAUAGGAUUCUUUCACACCUGCCUUUUUUAAUCCUCAUUUUGUACUUUAAUAAAUAAACCAAGCAGAAUUACCAAUUGAAAUGAAAUUUCACCACCUUAUAGCAUAUACAAAGAGCAUUCCCUGUUAUUUUGGCUGCCUCUGAUGAUACACCAAGCCCCAAUGUAGUGAAACCUCCACUGUGUCAAGUGUGGCUUAAGAGAGACAAAAAUUAAAUUGUCUCUCUUUACCUUCACUGUGUCCAGGGUUGGAGUAUGGAGAGAAAGUAAAUAUCAUUUGUUUUCUAACAUUUAUUGGAGUUUUGAAUUGAUUGUGAGUUUUCCGUAUAAAUCAGAUGAAAACCCUGAAAGCCACCUUCUGUUGCAGAAGUCUGUAAUUGUGGUUUCCUCACAGUGCCUGAUUACUGCUGUUGACUGCAGAGAAACGUUGCACAUCAGACUAUUUGUGUGUGUGUGAGAGAGAGAGAGAGAGAGAGAGAGAGAGAGAGAGAGAACGAUGUCCUCAGAAGGAGGUAGGAUAAUAAGACAUUAUCUAUAUCACUAUAUGAAAUAUAAAGUCAUGUAUUAGCCUGUUUUUUUUUUUUUUUUUUACACACAACUUAGAUUGCUAUUCCAGAACAGACAGUGGAUUAGAGAACAAUGUUUUUGGCUAUGAAUAAAUGCAUCAAGCACAGAGACCAUGAAGCAGCAGUACAGGCAUUCAGGCAGUGGCAUGCUUUCCUAAUGAAAGAAAGAAAGAGGAAAAAAAGCAUGAGAUGGAUCCUAAGCUGGCACAGAAGUGUGCCAAAUAUGAAUGAUCCAUCACAUCUCUCAUAGCCAAUUUAGGGGCUUAUUUACAAAACUGGCGCUGUCUUUGUCUUCUGAAGUAAAGAAACUGUAUCCAUCUUUUAUAAAGUUUAUCUGACAGUUAAAGACAUGGUGUUCAGAUUCAUCAUCCUCUGGGUGUGUGCCAUAAAAAGAAGGCUGACUUGAGAAAGCAGAGUGGGAAAUGUGCCCAGCCUGACCCUGUCACCUCUUGUCAGACUUGGGGAGCAAUUAAUUCAGCUGUUACAAUGCUCCAUCCAGUGCUCAGAUGCAUUGCCUCUGCCUCUGCCAUCCUGUAAUGUCUGAUACACCAGAUGAGAAUAUUUUAAGUUCAUGAUUGUGUGAUGCUUUGGUACUUGACACCUUCAAAUGUUUCUGAGAUCCCUCUGGAAAAUGCAGACAUGCUUUUGUUUACAUAUGAUUCAAUAUAAGCGCUGAAUGGAUGCGGAGGUGCAGGAUGUGCUGUUUGCUCACCACAGAAGGUGAUGGCUCAGGCUCAUCUCCCUGGCCAUCUCUUAGCUCAAGUUGCUGAACUUGUGGAUUUGAGUAAUGCUUGCAUCUAGGCUACUGGUAGUACUGCCACAAUUUACAUAGUUUCACAAUAUGCCUUUGCUGUUGUACAUGAUUUUGAAAGUAUUUGGUGCCAGUGUGCCUUUUUGCAGCUGCAGGCAUGCCCAUUAAACACUGCUCGUUUGUGUCAGGCCUCAUGUCUGUGUGUAAAUGGCCAACACAUUUGGCAGUGGUUAAGAAUAAGGCUCAUUACUCGCCUGAUACCGAUGAAGCUUGAGCUAAUGCAAUGGCCGAUGCUGCAGCCAGGGCUGCAUGCAGGGCUCCUUCUGUAACAAAUCUGUCAUCAAAACCUCCAGGCCUGAUUGCAGUUAAUUCUGACACACAACAGAUUCCUUUCUCUCUGAUGGGCAUGUACUCUAAUGCUCCCAUGUUAGUAAUAUUGUCCUUGGUGAAUAAAGGUUGGACCAAAUGGAGAAAGUAGAUCCUAAGGCAUUGUUGCAUAUUUAGGCCAACAAUUCUAUAGUCUACGACAUUCGAUUGUUCAAUGUAUGGUUCACUGGUUUGCUAACACAUGGUGGAACUUUAAGUUUCACAUACAAUUGAUGACGUGUGACGCUGUGUUCUGUGCCAGGUUAACAAGUCAAGGUUCACUACCUUGACAUGGUGGAAGGGUGACGUAAACAAGAUGUGGUGUUAACACAGGGAUAACUGUGCACAUACUGAAAUCAUUGGUUAGGGUAUUUCCUCGCUGCAGGGUCACUGAAUGCAUUCAUUUAGACCAUGGAACUCACUUUACUGCACAAUUCAAGCAGGAAGAUAUAAGAAUGUUGAAUGGUCAGUUGAAGCUUUAUUGUCCACAAGGGCCUCAGGUUUCUGGACAGGUUGAGUGUAAAUCAGACAUGGUUGAAGUUACACCAGAGUAGGGCAUCAUGGAAGGACAUGUUGCCAGGUGUUUUGUGCAGUAUUCGUUCCACACCAACAAGGGGGGUCGGUCCAAGUCUAUAUGAGAUCAUUACAAGUUGAUCGAUGGCCCUACUGGGGACAAUUGAUCUAAGACGAGCAGAUGUGCAUCUUGCCUCUGAUGUGUUAAUGAAGUAUUGUGAAGAGCUCACUGAAGUUGUUAGCCCUGCACAACAGCAUGUCGUUGGAAUAGACCUCACUUCAAAUGGAGAGACAUGCUGUUGUGCCAGGACAGUGGGUAAUAAUCAAAAACCAAAUCGCUGGUCUGUUAGAGGCAAAAAGUUAAGGCACUUUCAAGUUCUCUUAGUUACUGAAGUCUUAGUAUAUCAUCGGCGUCUCAACGCUGCCUGCCACCUGUGUGCACUGCACCGGGGCGAGACCCAUCCAUCCUCACCAUCAUCACACAAACUAUACCGUUAUCAAUUAACACCUUGAAUCUGUAUCGCUGCUUACACAUUAUGCGAUGCAUAUGUGGCCACUGGGCCACAUUAGAUAGAUAUGAUCAGAUUAGAUAUGACAAGGCGCCUGUUUCUUCUACAGUGUGGGGAAAGUGUGUAAAAGCUAUUACUUCUCAGUUAGUGCUAUAACCACUCUGUCACCUCCUAAGGUGAGAAUCUGAGGAUUAGAGACAUAAAGGUUAAGUUUUUCUAAGGAAGCUUCAGAUAGACUAUUCAGCAAGUGUGUACUAGUUACUAAUCAGGUACUGGGUUUACAAGUACUGAUCAUCUUAGUAAGAGAUUUGGGGGACCUCCAUUCAGAACUAUUCUUUAGGGUAUAUGGAAGUGCCAGUUAGAGCAAAAGGGAAACACUUUUUCCAGGCUUUUUUUUUUUUGCAAUUUUUAUACACAUUGACACACAACGUUCUGUGUCUAGUCUGCAUUUCUCAUCCAGUGCAUGUCUCUACUGGGACUGUUAAUGUCAGUACCUUGUCGAAUGUGCCUUCAUCAAUGAUAUUGGUGGCUCUUGGUUGGUUUUCAACAAUUCCAGUUUUUUUAAUAAGUCUGCCAGUUUUCCUGUUAAAGUAUAUUGCAACCUAGCGACAUCUUUCUGAUGCGGCUAUGAGAAUGAUUUCAUGACCAAUUGAAUUAAUUCAGUGUAAUAGAAUGAUAAUUAUAUAGAAAAAUAUUAUAUAUACAUUUGGAUGUAAAAUUUGCUAAAAAGAGUACAUAGACUUUUGGGACAUCCUGUAUUCAUCUUAUGCAGGUAGAAGGGUAAGAGCUAUCCUUAUUUUUUGGGAUAUAUAGUAUAGAUGAGUAAUCAGCUAGUCAGUGGACUAGUGGGACUAAUUCCUGUUUUUUUCAUGAUUGUCUGGUUUUUUAAUAAAUUCUGAUACAAUAAUAUAAUUUGCUUCCUGAUUUCAUGAUCCAUAAUCCAGUCAUCUUACUUCUGAUGAAACUGUAUUGUUUUAUGGUCAUUUACAACUCAAGAAAGAUAAAGAAUUAUACAUUUUCUCCUAUUUCCUCCUGUGUCAGAUGAAACCUUUUCAAAGCAACUCGGUAGGAACAGUCUGAAGUAGCAGUGCUUCAUCAGAGCAGUUUAUCACCUCAGUGUGGAUGUAAAGCAGGAUUUUCUCACUGUCCUGUCAGGACAGUAGAUGGCACUGCAGAAAGUCAGGUGAAUGGCUGGAUCCUAAACAUCUCUGCUCAGUACAUGUUGCACACUUCAUGAGGAGUACAGGCCAUUGUUUACUGUCCUUUCUAGCGCACUGUAAUAGUGAGUAAGGACACAUUCGGGAUUCAGCUUAUGUCAUGAUGCAUUUAUGACUUGCUGACAUUUCCGUAAAGAUAAAAUUACAAUCGUUUGCUUUAUGACCACACAUGAACAUGAACUUUGUACACUUUUACUCAUACCAUCGUUCCAGUGUCCUGUGCUUAAAGUCAGCAUGUAGGUAGAUGUACAAGGAAAUAUUUAUACAUUAUCUAUUAGUCAAAAUAUCAAAGAGCUAGGGUUGGCAUCUUUCAAUGAGGAAAAAUUAGGUGCACCAUCAGAACGUUUUUAUAAUAUUGCUGUUAUGAUUUACAAUUGCAUUAAUCUAACAUUUAUAAUCAUACAAGAGACCAUUUGAGACCAUUUGACAUUGUAUGGAUUAAUGGCUGACCUGAUUUAUAAAAAAAAAAAGAAAAGAUUUUUAAGGCAAAACAUUAUUUAAUUUAUAAUAUUGGAUAAUCUGAUAUGGGUAUUUAGACUUUGUAAAUCAUUAUAUUUAUGAAUUACAAAAUAAAACUAUAAAGAAAUACAGAAACUUUAUACCUUCCAUCAUGGUAAUGACUCCAAGCACAAAAACUCAGUCCACUAAGGAAAGGCUUUAGAUGAUGAUCAACAUUUUUCCAAUCAGAGAUCUAAAUCAUAAUAAUGACUUGAAAUAACGUGAAGAUGGUUAUGCACAGCUCUACAAAGUAAUUGCCAUCAUAAUUUGAUAGAGUGGAAUAAAAUCACCAACUCAAGAUUUUUUAGACUCUUACCCAAAAAUACUGAGUACUGUGUUACAGGCAAAAAAGUGCUUUAACAAGGUAUCAGUUACAAAGGAUGCACACUUAUCUUAUGAUGCUGCACUUGAUUUAUCGUGGUUUCAUUAUUUACAUGACAAAAACCUGCAAUUUUAACAGGACCAUGUACAAGUUUUUAUAUCCACUGUAUCUGACUGCAUUGCCGUGUUAAUAAUGGUUUCUUUUUUAGAUACUUCACUGGCUUUGUUUGCUUCCUGAGUGCUUAUGUUUGCUUCUCUGCCCUUUGCAUGCUUUCAUGAUUUCACAGUAAACCUCUCUGUAUAUGGAUCCCAACUCUGCUUAUGAGUCUAACAUGAAUAAAAUCCUCAUGCUGAA